AUGCGUUCACCAUUCGGCACUACAGGGCUCGCCAGAUCACUCGGUCUGGUGGCCCUCGUACUCUCAACCACCUGCGCCGGGAUGUACAUCCCCAGUGCUCGUGUCCCCCUCCCGGCAUCCAACAAGGAUGUCACCACUAUCACAGUCACCACCAUAUCCACAGCAGGCGCGUCGGUGACCAACCUCGAAGCGGACAGCAGUAUCUCCGUCCCCACUGCUGCUAUCACCCCCAUCUCCCGCCGUACCCGCUCCAGACGUCCGGUUACGGUUGUCGAGACGGUCACGGCCACUACGGUAAUGGAGACGGUCACGGUCACGCCGGCCGCCUCCUCCUCGGCGACGAAUAGCAUUGAGGACUCUUCUAUCUCUACCGAGGUCGUCACCGAUGUUGUUGUCGUGUCCCCUGAGACGGUUACCAUCAUUUACGGUGGGGGUGUCUCCUCUACUGAUGCCGGAGCUGGUCCUCGCGGUGCCGUCUCUUCGGCUAGCGAUGUUUCCUCUUCCUCUGCCGAUGCUGCUUCCACCUCCAUCGGGGUGACUACUGUUACUGUCUUCCCCGAGGUCGUUCCCACCUCUACUGUUGGAGUGUCGUCCUCCACUGAUGAGGUUUCCGACUCUACCUCCAACAAUGCUGUCUUCACCCUCAGGACCACGAUUACCCUAGCGAGGGAAACGAUUACUGCUACUGAGGUGGCCACUCCAGUCGAGACGUCCACUUCAGUUGAGAGGACCAUUACAAUUGACACGGCCGCACUCAUAACUUUGCCCACGUCUUUUGUCACCCUAACAAGGAGAGCAGACAACAAAGCGGCUCCCUCCUCGUCAUCCUCUUCUGCUGUGUGGAACCCCCUUUUUGGUCAUGGCCCUGUCGUUGUCUCCACCCGUACCGCUACUCUCGAUGCGCCGAAAACUCUGUCCACGGUGUUCGUUAAGGCGAAGAGGACAGGCGACGCAGCGGUUUCCUCCAGUGGCUCCUCUUCCUCCGCCGCUGCCUCUGCCUCUACUCCUGCUGUCGUCGAGACCCUUCCUGGCAUUGUCGUCGUCAGUACCCUCGAUGCGCCGGCGACUCUGUCAACAGUGUUCGUCACGGCGAAGAGGACAGGCGACGCAGCGGUCUCCUCCAGUGGCUCCUCUUCCUCCGCCGCUGCCUCUGCCUCGUCUUCUGCCGAUGCCGCUCCCAUUUCGUCGACUACUAGUGAUCGCCCUCUCCUUACCAUUACCAAGACCAGCACGAGUGUGACGGCUACGGUCAUUGUCACCGUGGCACCCACCAGGACUAGCACGAGUGUGACGCCCACGGUCCAUGUCACCGUGGUGACGGCUACGGUCCAUGUGGCACCCGCCGCCCCCACCGAAACGAGGUCGACGCUGCAGCUGGCGCAGGAUAACUGUCUCGUGUGCCAAGACAUUUUCGACGACAAUGGUAUCGUGCCUCCUGAGAAGGUGCCUGCGUCUGCUGCUUAUGCUUGGAAGAGAAGCUUGGACUUAUUGGAGGAGCCUCUGAAUGACACUGCCCCUGGGCGCAGGAUACAAGAGGCAAAUGAUGACGUUGCUCCCUUCCUUAUCCCUCCUAUGUUGCCUACUGGUGGCGUACCUCCAGUUAGUGAUCAUGCCGACGCUGCUGUUACUGGGGGUGGUGCUGUCGUUACUCGCCAACUCAUCCCUCCUAUGAUGCCUGGGUUCAGCGUCGCCACCCACAUCACCCGGAGCUCUUUUUCGCCCAUCAGCCUCGCCCCCGUUACCAACAAUGCGGAUUCCUACACCACGCGGAGCACUAACUCGCCUAUCCGCCUCGCCCCCAUCACCAACAACGCGGACCAUGCCACCCGCCCUACGCAAACCGCUACGCCCAUCCGCCUCGCCCCCAUCAACAACAUCACCACCCCCACCGGCGUCCACCAACCCCAGCCCACCGACUUCCUACUACAACCCAAGCCCUUCAUGAACCACGCCCCCCUCAAGGACGUCCCCCCCGGCGUCGUUGACAAUGACCACCUCGAGCCUCUCUCCCAAAAAGGCACCGCCAAGUCCCGCCGUUCCGAACAUGAAUCCCUCCCUGAAACCGUCCCCCUCCACCUUCUCCUCCCCCCCUUCAACCUCACCAACCUCAACCAGGCCUACAACCAGGCCUACAACCCCAUCCCCAAGUCCACCAUUUAA